AUGCCCCCAUCCUGCUGCGUCUCUGGUUCACUGCCUGUCGCUGGGCUGCGGGCUUCUCGUCACCUCUGGCAGGAAAACUAUUUAAUUCCUCCCUCACUCUUCUUCUGUUCUUGCUUCCUCCUCCUCGACCUUUCCUCUCUUCCUCUUCUGCCUCCUCUUCGGCUUCCAUCUUCAUCUGCUUCAUACACAAGGGAGAGCAACCCCAUCUUCGUCUCUGGCUCUUUGCUUAUCCCAUUCUUACCUGGUUCUCUUACCUUUGUCUUUACCCGCCUACCCACCUGCCCAUCUGCCUACUUGAGAGUGUUUCUGGCCACGGCUUCUUGCCCCGCUAUCGAGCCCAGAGGUUCAUGGGAACCAUGUGCCUGGGCCCCGCCCCACGAUGAACAACCCUCAUGA